CGGAGCCCGCGCGCUCUCCCCGCCCAAUCCCCGCGCCUCCGCCUCGUUCCCAUGCAGAUUUUAUGCGCAUACAUUUGCAUGUCGAUGAGGCCGGGGUGAGGGAGGGAGCGGGUCGCGUUCAAAAUGGCGGAGCGGGGCGGGCGCGGCAGCGGUCACGGCAGCCUGGACAAGAGCAUCACCCUUCCGCCUGACGAGAUCUUCCGCAACCUAGAGAACGCCAAGCGCUUCGCCAUAGACAUCGGCGGUUCAUUAACCAAGUUGGCUUAUUACUCAACUGUACAGCACAAAGUGGCAAGAGUGAGAUCCUUUGAUCAUUCUGGAAAGGACAUAGACAAUGAACCUUUGUAUGAAAUAUCUGUUCAGGAGGAGAUUACAGCUCGACUUCACUUCAUUAAAUUUGAAAACACUUACAUUGAAACCUGCCUAGAUUUCAUCAAAGACCAUCUUGUCAAUACAGAGACAAAAGUCAUCAAAGCCACUGGUGGUGGUGCCUAUAAAUUCAAAGACCUUAUUGAGAAGAAACUAGGGUUGAAGGUUGAUAAGGAAGAUGUAAUGACCUGCCUAAUUAAGGGGUGCAACUUUGUGCUGAGGAACAUCCCCCACGAGGUGUUUGCUUACCAGAAGGAUUCAGACACAGAAUUCCGGUUCCAGACAAACCACCCCAACAUUUUCCCUUAUUUGCUGGUGAACAUUGGCUCAGGGGUCUCCAUAGUGAAGGUAGAAACAGAAGACAAAUUUGAGUGGAUUGGGGGAAGUUCAAUUGGAGGUGGAACCUUCUGGGGUCUUGGAGCUCUGCUCACCAAAACAAAGAAAUUUGAUGAAUUGCUGCAGCUGGCCUCGAAGGGCCAGCACACCAACGUGGACAUGCUGGUGAAGGACGUGUAUGGAGGUGCCUACCAGACCCUGGGGCUCAGUGGGAAUCUCAUUGCCAGCAGCUUUGGGAAGUCCACCACAGCAGACAAAGAGUUUUCCAAAGAAGAUAUGGCCAAAAGUUUGCUCCACAUGAUCAGCAAUGACAUUGGCCAGCUGGCCUGCCUCUAUGCCAAACUGCACAACCUGGAUAAAAUCUAUUUUGGAGGGUUUUUUAUCCGGGGCCACCCUGUCACCAUGCGCACAAUAACCUACAGCAUCAACUUCUUCUCCAAGGGAGAGGUUCAGGCAUUGUUCCUGAGACAUGAAGGCUACCUGGGAGCCAUUGGGGCAUUUUUAAAAGGAGCUGAACAAGACAAUCCAAACCAGUACAGCUGGGGAGAGAACUAUGCUGGGAGUUCUGGGCUUAUGAGCACAUCCCCUGAUGUUUACCCCAUGCAGAGAACACGGAGUGGUACAUUUGACAUGCUGGAAAUGGACAGAUUGGAAAGACCACUUGUUAACCUGCCACUGCUGAAAGACCCCUCCGCCUAUAUCCCAGACACUGUUGACCUCACAGAUGAUGCCAUGGCUAGAAAAUACUGGCUCACCUGCUUUGAGGAGGCACUGGAUGGGGUGGCAAAGCGAGCUGCAGCCAGUCAGCCAGACUCUGUGGAUGCACAGGAGAGAGCUGAGAAAUUCCGCCAGAAAUACUGGAAUAAACUGCAGACACUCAGGCAGCAGCCCUUUGCAUAUGGUACCUUAACAGUCAGAAGUCUCUUGGAUACAAGGGAACACUGUUUGAACGAGUUCAAUUUUCCAGAUCCUUAUUCCAAGGUAAAGCAGAAAGAAAAUGGAAUAGCCUUAAAGUGUUUCCAGAGUGUGAUCGAGUCCCUGGAUUCCCUGGGCUGGGAGGAGAGGCAGUUUGCACUGGUGAAAGGACUUCUGGCAGGGAAUGUCUUUGACUGGGGAGCAAAGGCAGUCUCAGAUGUUCUGGAGUCUGAGCCACAGUUUGGGUUUGAAGAAGCCAAGUCAAAGCUCCAAGAACGUCCCUGGUUGGAAGAUUCCUACAGCCAGUGGCUGGAGCGACUGAAGGAGGGUCCCCCUCAUAAAUGUGCCUUAAUUUUCGCAGAUAACAGUGGGAUAGACAUAAUUUUAGGAGUCUUUCCUUUUGUCCGAGAGCUCCUUUCUAGAGGGACAGAGGUGAUUUUGGCCUGUAACUCUGGCCCUGCCCUCAACGACGUCACCUACAGCGAGUCCCUGAUCGUGACCGAGCGCAUCGCGGCCAUGGACCCCGUGAUCCAUUCUGCACUGAGGGAUGAGAAACUGCUGUUGGUUCAGACGGGCUCCAGUUCUCCGUGCCUGGAUCUGAGGUAUGUGGGCAAAGUGCCACUGUGUGGUUUGUCCCCCCCAGCUGCAGGAUGGUCAAAGGUUUGGCUGUGGAGCAUCCCAGCCACCCUUCCUGCUGGGAAUCACUUCUGCAUACCCAUUAGGAGGUGCUUAGUGUGGAUUUACAGACCUGUGACACUGCUCAGGCCUUACAGCUUUUGGCCCUUGGUGAGUUGUCUGUGUUCAGGACACAGCUGGAUCAGGAGCAGGUCAGGUUAUGGCUGAUGUCAGAUCCUGCAGGUGGCCAAAACCCCCUGGGACAGAAGCAUAUUUUCACCUUGUUUAACCUAUUUCCUUCUGAUCAGCUCCUCUGCUGGAGACAGAACCUGUGUCAAAAUCCCAAGCUGGGUGCAUUUAAACAACAUUUCAGUUGAUCCCCUUGGCUUUCAGGUGCCACUGUUUGUGGGCACCAGUAGCUCCAGAGUCCCAGCGGGCAGCUCGGGGCAGCCCUGGGGUGUGACUGCAGCUGUGGCUGUUCUGUGGUUGCAGUGUGGCUGUGGGUG